AUGCCGCUCCGGGGCCUAGUGGCUGGACCAGACUUUGAAUUUUUUCAGCGUCGCUACUUCACGCCGGCGGAGGUAGCCCAGCACAACCGGGCCGAGGACCUCUGGGUGUCUUACCUGGGCUACGUCUUUGAUCUAACACCGUUGGCACAACAAUACAAGGGGGACCUGCUGCUGAAACCCAUCGUGGAAGUUGCAGGCCAGGAUAUCAGCCACUGGUUUGACCCAAAGACCAGAGACAUCCGCAAGCACCUAGAUCCUCUGACCGGCGCUCUGAGGUACCGCACUCCGCGGGGCCGCUUCUUGCACGUCCCUCCUCAGCUACCCCGUUCGGACUGGGCUAAUGAUUUCGGGAAGCCUUGGUGGCAGGGGUCUCGUUACGAAGUAGGGCGACUGUCCACGAAGACCCGGCACAUCCGCAUCAUUAACACGCUUACUUCGCAGGAGCGCACAUUGGAGCUACACGUGGAAAUAUGA